AUCUUGAAAUUGAUCAAAGAAUGGAAGAGCUAGGAAAGCAAAUGGUUGGAUAUUGUGCGGGCUUGCCAUUAGCCAUUAGGGUGUUAGGGGGACUCUUGGCAACAAAACAUACAUUAAGGCAGUGGCGAAUGGUGGCCGAGAACAUACAAACAUACAUCACAAAGGGCAGUGGUUAUGGAGAAGAUUGUUCUGCAGUUUCUGAUGUUUUAUCUUUGAGCUAUGAUGAUUUGCUCCCACAUUUAAAACAAUGCUUCUUAUAUUUAGGCCAUUUUCCGGAAGAUUAUGAAAUAUCAGUAGAUAAAUUGAUUAAAUUUUGGAUAGCUGAUGGAAUAGUUCCAUCGAAUCAGGAUAUAGGACGGGGUCAGGGAAGAACGUUGGAGGAUGUGGCUGAAAGCUGCCUCGAGGAGCUGGUAGGGAGGAGCAUGGUUAUGGUUGACACAAGUGAACUGAGCUCAAAAAUCUUUAGUUGUCGGAUGCAUGAUAUCAUGAGAGAUCUUUGCUUGUUGAAAGCAGAGCGAGAGGGCUUCUUACAUGUUAUAAAUCCCGAGUCUCAAGAACCAAAUGGUGAAGUGCCAUCUUCUCCAUAUGCUGGUGAAUUUCGCAGAGUUGCUGUGCAUGUGAAUCGAGUCAAGGGUGAAAAAGUUUUUAACCAAGGGUGGAUUAGAAGUCCUCAUCUCAGGUCUCUCUUAUACUUCAAUAGAAUUGUGAAUUACAUAUCAGCUGAUAAUAGAAAUUGGAAAUUAUUAGAGCCAAGCUUCAAAGGUUUGAAGUUGUUGAGAGUCUUGGAUCUUGAAGGAGCAGACAUAAAAGGAGGGAAUUUUCCCAGAGAUGUUGGUAAGCUCAUCCACUUGAGAUUCUUGAGUAUAAAAGAUGGUAAUGUAUCUAGGUUUCCCUCAUCCUUAGGAAAUUUAAGGAUGCUACAAACUUUAGAUUUACGCGUAUAUGAUGCCCAUGUACCCGAUGUGAUAUGGAAGAUGGAAAGCUUGAGGCAUUUAUAUCUCCCUCAGAGAUGUGACGAUACCACAAGGCUGCAGUUGGGUAAUUUAAAAAACUUACAAACACUUGUGAAUUUUCAAGUGGGGAUCUGCUGCUUAAGAGAUCUAUUCAAUUUUACAAAUCUUAGAAAAUUAACAGUGCAUCGAUGUUCAAUAAGCAAAGGCUCUAAGGAAAUCAUACCAGCUUCAUUAAGUCACUCAUUAAAACUUUUGGAGUCCUUAUCAUUAGGAGGUUCUUUUGAAUUUGGCGCAACAGAAAGCAGCUUAAAACCAAAACCACCAAAAGUGGACUUGACGCAAUUGCUUUUAGGUUAUGAUAGUCUGUCUAAGCUGGUGCUGUAUCUAGGGAUAGAGAAGCUACCAGAUUACCAGCAGUUCCCUCAUGAAAUUACCUCCUUAACCUUAGGUGUUUCUAAACUUGAAGAAGAUCCAAUGCCAAUUCUAGAAAAGCUACCAAAGUUAAGGCAUCUUGACCUCAGAUGGAAUGCCUUUAAUGUGAGGAAAAUUGUUUGCUCUAGGCAAGGUUUUCCUCAACUAAUAUCUCUGUCCUUAUUCGUGCUGAAAAACUUAGAGGAAUGGAAAAUGGAAGAAGGGGCUAUGCUUAAUAUCCAAUACUUGCAGAUUAGUGUUUGCAACAAAUUGAAAAGGCUUCCUAGUGCAAUAAGGUUCGCUAAAACUCUCAAACAAUUAACUAUUCAGGGAAUGCCAAAGGCCUUCAAAGAUAGACUAGUUGAAGGAGGAGAGGCUUUCUACAUUGUCCAACAUGUGCCCUCUAUAAUAUCUGAUUGAGGAUGGAUCAUCAUCAGAAGGAGCCAUAUCAAAAGAAGAGAGCCAAAUAUGGGAAGAGAGGUCAAAUCAAAUGAAAAGAGAAAGUAGCUGGUUUCUUCUCCACCGCGAGACCAUAUGCACUCGAGCCGUGCCUCCUUUCUCCAUGUUGAUCUAGUCGCAACCUGGAGAAAACAAAUCACCCUCGUCGCGCACAGAGAGACUAAGAGGCGUCGCCUGAGAGAUCUGCGUUGCACAGAGUCGCUGGUCGCGACUCACCGGCCUUCUACAUCAUACAGAUGCACGCGAACUUGCUUUGAUAUGUCGUGCACCAAUCUUUCUCUUUCGCAGUGUGCAGAGCCGUGCGCAAGAAAUUUUUCUGGCCGCACUGUGACAAACUGAGUUGAGCUUGUGAGCCGAGCCAAUUUUUGCCCAAGUUGAGUCAAUUGCGCCA